CUUUGGCGGUAAAAUUGUCAAUUUGAGGACUAAGGUGUUCGGUGAUGAAAACGACAAGUUAAGAAUAGAAAACCUUUUCAAGAGAGCUAGAUUUGGGGGAUUGACUGUACUGGAACUACAUAUUUGGUUCACAGUUUGAAAAUGAAGAUAGCCACGCCAGAGAUUUCUUGGCAUGGCCGUGAACCAAUCUACAGUGCGGAUAUACAACACAUAGAUGGCAGUAUAACCAGACUGGCAACUGGAGGGUUAGAAAAAACAAUAAGGUUAUGGGAAGUCAAAGUGGGAUCAGAUGGAAAGGCAUAUGUGGAAUUUUUAUCCAGUUUAACAAGACAUAACAGGACUGUGAAUGUUGUCAGGUUUUCACCAAAUGGUUUUUAUCUUGCAUCAGGAGGAGAUGAUGCUGUUAUUAUUUUAUGGAAGUUGAGUGAUAAUGCUCCACCCACCAACAACCUGUUUGGUGAAGAUGAUGAGGACUGUAAGGAAGUUUGGACUUCUGCCAAAACAUUAAGAGGUCACUUGGAUGAUGUAUCAGACUUGAGCUGGUCAUCUGAUGGUCACUAUCUUAUCUCAGGGUCAGUGGACAAUAGUGCCAUCAUGUGGGAUGUGAGGAAGGGACACAACUUGGCCAUAUUUAAAGACCACAAAAGUUUUGUACAAGGAGUGGCCUGGGAUCCCCUCCACCAGUAUAUGGCAACUUUGAGUGCAGACAGGUCUUGUCGCAUCUACAGUGUAUCAAGCAGAAGCUGCACAAAACACAUUUCUAAGGGACCAGCACUUAACACCAGCACAGAGGAUGUCAAACCAAAAGCUCCCAGACUGUUCCAUGAUGAUACCAUGAAGUCUUUCUUUCGUCGUCUGACCUUCACCCCAGACGGGGAACUCCUUAUUGUACCUUCAGGUUGCUGGGAGAGUGAGGAAGGAAGUCAAAAUACAACGUACAUUUUUUCCAGAGAUUCUUUCUCUAAGCCGGUAAUGCACUUGCCAGGCCCAUCUAAAGCGACUUUAGCUGUCAGAUGUUGCCCUAUUCUGUUUGAAUUAAGGAAGAUACCCAGAGACACUUGUGAAGAAAUGGAGACAGACCAAAAGGAGGUAGAAAAUAAUGAAUUGAAAGAGUGGGAAAAGUAUUCCACAAUGUUCAAUUUGCCAUACAGAGUAGUAUUUGCUGUGGCCACAGAGGAUGCAGUACUUUUAUAUGACACUCAGCAACCUCACCCUUUUGGUUACAUUGCCAAUACCCAUUAUCAUCAGCUUAGUGAUCUCACCUGGUCCAAGGAUGGGCGUGUUCUAGUGGUCGCAUCAACGGAUGGGUACUGCACUCUGGUUACAUUUGAAGAAGGGGAGUUGGGUGAAGCAUCUCAACACCUUUCCAUCAGCACACAGAAGGUGGAAGAAGAAAAACUUAAGAUACUGAAAAAGCAAAAUGCAGACAAGCAAAAGCGCAGUGAUGAGGCCAUUUCAAAGAAAGUUGCUUCUACUAUGCCACCCCCAACAGAGGUACAACAAAUUCAGGUGAAACGAAAGGAAAACAAAAGUGGUGACAGCCAACCCAAAAGAGUCAACUUAACUCCAGUGACAGGUGGUCAGGUGUCACAAGAUGCACCCAAACCAAAGCGUGCACAGCUAAUCACCCUGUCAUCACCAGAGCUGCUGGAUGGGAAUAAGACUGAGGAAAAGAACAUAAGCCAUGACUCCUGCACCCAGGAUCUCCAACUGGUGCUGGAAGUUUCCAGUGAGGAUGAAACAGACCAGGAAAAGAAAACCAAAAAGUCAAUGCAGACAGCAUCAACACAGCCAGAGACCUCUAAAGGCAGCCCAAGGCGAGUAGAGCUAAUCACUAUUGCACCUUCUACUCCGCCCAACCAAGCUACUCCUGUAGCUAGAAUCGUACAGGAUGAGAACUCCAAAAAGACCAGCAGUCCAAGGAGAGUACAAUUGAUGACACUAGAGAGUUCUGUGGUUUCUGAAAAUUCUAAGCAAUCUUCACCAAUCCAAAGUAAACCCCUCAAAAAUUCCCAAGAAAAUGUUGCCAGGAUGAAUGACAAUUCUUCCACAAGUACACCACAGCCAAGAAGGGUUACAUUAACAACGAUUAAGCAGAAUGAAGAAAAUUGACAACAUAUCUUGCAGAUGUUUGCCAUUUUUCAUCUUGGAUGAGGUCUGGAUCACUUUGUCAGAUUAUAAAUUUUUAUGAAAAAAGUAAAUAACAUUUUUGUGUGUAUACCUCUAAAGGGCAAGAAGAAAAGAAAUACAACUAAACAUCUCUAAAAGUAUUUUCUGCCACUCCAAUAUUUGGCUAGUCUAGAUAUCCAUUUUAUAAGGUGGCAUUGCCCAUAAAUGCAUGUUGAUGUGUUUGUUGUUCAUACUUAAAAAAGUAUUUAUAUUGUAUAAAGCAGUAGCCAAGAAGGCUUGUUGCAGGUCAACCACAACCGAAAAAUAUUGACAGCCAAAUGUUCAGUUUCAGUUUUCAAAUAUCAGCGUCUACUUUUUCUCUAAGUUUGUUGUAGUAACAGGCAUCAUGCCCAUAUCUUGUGGCAAGUGAUCUGAGAAUAAUAAUUUUUUACACAUGGGC